AUGUCUCUCUCUAAAGUUGCAUGGCUCAUCCUAGGCACAGCUGGUCUGGCCGCAGCUCAUGGCCACAUCGAUCGUAUCGACAUUGAUGGCAAGUCCUAUGGUGGAUUCCUGGUUGAUCAAUACCCUCAUGAACAAAACGUCCCUGAUCUCAUUGCGUGGUCAACCGCGGAUACUCAGGACGCCUAUAUUCAAACGUUUGAUUACAACCAGCCGAAUAUCAUCUGCCACCAAGAUGCCAAGCCUGGUGCUCUCGCUGGCGAGGUGGCUGCCGGUGGCAAGGUGACGAUACACUGGAGCAGAUGGUUUGAAGAUCACCGUGGUCCUGUCAUCAGCUAUCUUGCGAACUGCAAUGGGAGCUGCGCUUCUGUGAACAAGACCAAUCUUGAGUUUUUCAAAAUUGAAGAGGCUGGUCUUCUCGACAACAGCAAGUCCCCCGGAAGAUGGGCCAGCGAUGAGCUCAUGGCUGCCAACAAUACCUGGACGGUCAACAUCCCUUCCGACAUUGCGCCAGGCGAUUAUGUUCUUCGUCAUGAGAUCAUCGCAUUGCACAACGCAAGGCAAGACAAUGGUGCGCAAGCUUACCCGCAAUGCAUCAACUUGAAGGUGACAGGGGGUGGCACUGCUACACCGAAAGGCAUUCCUGCCACCCAGUUCUACACACCAACCGAUCCCGGCAUCCUGGUCGAUAUCUUCAACAACCUUGCCACUUAUGUGAUCCCAGGCCCAGCCCUCUACAAGGGCAGGGAUACAGCACCUACGACUAUUGCCGUCCCCCCCACCGGAGCGUCUUCCACCGCGCUGUCUUCCUCCCCAGCUUGGACUUACCCCACUGCAGCACCUCAGGGUUGUGGAUGUUGUGGAUGUUGUGGAUAUGCUCCCUACCAGAGCUCUUCUCAAAUCGCACCUACACCUGUAGCGAGUGACACCGAACAGAAUAGUCAAGCUUAUUGGGGCUCCCAAUCCUGGAAGAGAAGAUCCUCUGGCCGGACUUUCAGAGGCAGGAAGCAUGCUCGAGAUCUCGCUGUCUGA